UUUCCGUCUGUCCAAAGUGGAUGGGGGUGAAAAUGUUCGGAGUGUUGCUGGCAUGUGUCUGGCUGGUUGCCGGCUCCCCGUUACAUCCCUGGCCGCUAAUACCGCACAAAGCGAUCACUCAUGGCUCGUACAUCAGACACUACAGUGCCGUUUGGUACGACACCGCGGCUCUAAGGGAACAUCGCAGCAGAAGCCGUCGUGACACUUCAGCUUCCGGGCAUCCCGCAGACGCGACGCUGAAUCUACGUCUUCACGCCCUCGACAGAGUCUUCAAGAUGAGGCUGGUCAGGGACACGAGCUUAUUCCACGAGAACGUGGUCUUCGAGGGAUCGAAUGGCCGGCAAAUCGCGUUCGAUCCGAAACACGCCUACAGUGGAAUCCUGGAGGACGACGAGAACUCGUCGGUGCAUGGGAUCGUGACGGCGGAAGGACUGUUCGAUGGGACCAUCUCGACGGCAUCCGACGAGAUCUACAUCGAGCCAGCCAGCAGAUACGCUCCUCUCGUCUGCCAUCGGCAAGAUGGCGGAGAUAAAGGCACGACAGACGCUAUGCAUCACCAUACGAUCGCUUACCGCUCAGUGGACGUGAGCGUUCCUCUCAGCAAUGGAUAUCCGUGUGCCAGCGAGCUCCUGCGAGAGAACAUGUUAAACGAAUUAAGGACGAACAGGACGUGGAGUGGAUAUCUCGGGGACACAAUGCGGCCGCUUUAUCAACACCUGAACGAGGGAAAGUCCCGCGCCAAGCCGGGCUUCUAUCCGAAAGACGUCAGGAAGAAAGACCCCAUGGCGAGCUCGCACAAUUUAGAGCUGCUCGACAGAUUGUACAGGGAACGAUACUCGAGAGUGCUUCGCAAGCGAACCUCCGUGGACCCGAAGAAGACCACUUGCAUGUUGUACUUGCAAGCGGAUCACACGUUCUACGAUCAUUACAAGUCCGAAGAGGCCAGCAUCGAGGUGAUGACUCGUCACGUGCAGCGUGUCAACUUCAUCUAUAGGUACACCGAUUUUAACCAGGACGGCCAGCCAGACAACAUUAGCUUCAUGAUAAAGCGCGUGAAAGUCCAUGGCGAAGACGCACCGAACGACUCGGGCUACCGGUUCACCGGUACUUACGGGGUCGAGGAAUUCCUCGAGCUCUUCUCCGAGGAGGACUACGACGCCUUCUGCCUGUCGUACAUGUUCACCUACCGUGACUUCGAGAAGGGAACACUGGGUCUAGCAUGGACAGGAGAUCUGAAAAACGCGGGCGGAGUUUGCGAGAAAAAUGGGCACUACAGGGGUAGCAUGAAAUCGCUGAACACCGGUAUAAUCACCCUCCUGAACUACGGCAAACACGUACCACCGACGGUUUCUCACGUCACCCUCGCACACGAGAUCGGUCACAACUUCGGAUCCCCUCACGACCCCGACGAGUGCUCGCCCGGAGGAGAAGACGGAAAUUUCAUAAUGUUCGCGAGAGCCACCAGCGGGGACAAACGAAACAACAAUCGCUUCAGCCCGUGCAGCCUGGUCUCCAUAAAUCCCGUUCUAAAUGCCAAGGCCCGCUCGUCCAAGGGAUGCUUCGCCGAGCCCCAAAACGCCAUCUGCGGGAACGGGGUGGUGGAAGAUGGCGAAGAGUGUGAUUGCGGAUGGGAGGAGGACUGCAACGACCCUUGUUGCCACCCUCAACGACUCCAUCAUGCUCAUCACGAGGUACCUUGUCGUCUUGCCGAUGGUGCAGUGUGCAGUCCCAGUCAGGGCCCCUGCUGCACAUCCGGCUGUACUGUGCGCAACGGCGAUAAGUGCAGGGACGACAACGGUUGCAGGGACGCGAGCUUUUGCGACGGCCGUGGUCCCCAGUGCCCGCCAUCCAUCAACAAGCCCAACAAGACCAUAUGCAACGAGGAAUUCGUCUGCUACAUGGGGGUGAGUACGGGGGGUUUAUGCGCGUAGACUGGCACUUUAUCGGGCUCUUGCAUUGCUUGCAGGAAUGACGAUCCUCCGACCAAAAGCUGCGAACUCUGUUGUAAAUUGCCAGGAGAGGAUCAACCAUGCCUAUCAUCGUUCGCGUGGAAUUCAGCGCCUUACGAUAUACCUGACAUGCUGUCGAAGCCAGGCACGCCGUGCAACGAUUACAAUGGCUAUUGCGACGUCUUCCAAAGAUGUCGAGAGGUGGAUCCCAGCGGACCGCUGGCCACUCUGAGGAGACUCCUUCUGUCGGACGCCAGUCUAGCGAGCUUCCAACGCUGGGUGGUGAAUCGGUGGUACAUCGUCGCUGCGAUCGUGUUCGUUCUACUGCUGAUCGUGGUGUUCGUGACGUGCCUGCUGAGCAAACGGCGCAACAGCCGCGCGAAAAUUCUGCCGGACGCGAGGGAUCAGCCUCGCGCGAGCUGCGAAGCGACGAACACGAGCGACGAGGCGGCAAGGGAGCGCUCGUCCGUGCGGAAGAUACGAUCUAUGGACAUUUCGUGGCUGAAAAGGAGGAUCGUGGAGACGAUGAAGAGCAUCGCGUCGCCGCGGCGCAAGAAGGACGCGUCCUCGGAGGGAAGCACGUUCCUCUCGAGGAUUUCACGACUACUGGCCAGAGAUUCGGUCGCGUCCACGUCCGAGGAGCAAUCGUCGAACGAGGUGGAGCAGCUGUGCAAAGGCAGCGGAGACGAUGCGAGAGAAACGACGAAAGGGAACGGGACCAGGCUAAAGGCGAGAAACGCGGAACGCGUGAUCUUUUCAUCUGCAAAGGAGAUCGGCGCGUGGAGACGCGUCUGUCUGCUGUUCGUCGGGAAUCGCGGUGCAAGUUCCUCCCCGACGAGGAGAAAAUCGAGCAACGCGGAGUCGUCGAAGCGGAACCCUGCUUGGAGGAAGACCGUUCAGGUGGAGAAACUGUGCACCGGCUCGAAGGUGAUCGUAAACUCUUGCAGGAGAGGGGACAGGUGUCAGAGAGAGCCCCUGGUGGCCCCGGACACUCCCGACACUCCUGGCGAGACGUCGGAAACGAGGAGUCAGACGUCGGAUUUAACCGUGCUACUUCGCGAUAGUUAGUUCCGAAGGAGGACGUGUCGUGAACCGAAUGUUCCUUCGUUGUACCUUCGCGUUGAA